GAGUUCACGCGGGCUGGCACUAGCACCCUGCCUGCUUCUGCGGUGAAGCAGUAAUGCAUUUCGGUUAGUCAGAAUAACCUUCGCCGCAAUGUUUGGUCACCUGUUUUCUUCCAAAAUAUUGUCUGUCUAUUUUUGUAUUUCUUUGCCUAUUUAUCUGCACAAAUGAAACAACACCUACCUACUAGGUACCUAUGUCAUAAGUGUAUAAUCUAUGACCUAUGUAAUAAAAACAUUAAAAACAACAACAGAAAAAAGCUCUUUAUUUUAAACACAUUCAUUCAAUAAACUUUAUUAACGAGUUACAUUUAUCUGGAUUUAAAUAUAGGAUUAUUAAAUAUUAAUUUUGGUUAAAUUUGUGCACAUUUACGGCAAAUUGAAUUAUAAUAACUAAAACAUUUUAUUUAGGUAGACAAAUUGUGAUUUAUUCAAGAAAUUAUUGAUGCAUCAUGGCCGAUGAGAAUGUUGUUGAAGAAGAGGCAGAAACACCUGCAGCUACAGAAAGUGAGUCAGCGAUAACCCCUACUGAAUUGGACAAACCAUUGGCUCCACCUAAAUAUGAAGUGCGCCCUUCUUUGGGCGAAAAAUUUCAGUCUCAAAAUGUUCGCGAGAUCAUCGUAACGACAAUGCAGGAACAGUUGAUGGGUAGAAAGUAUAGGUCGGACCAAGCGCCGCGAUGGACAGAGGAAAUCGCUAACAGAGUUCGACAAAGAGUUCAGGACUUGGAUAUGAAAAGGUACAAAAUUUUGGUACAGUGCAUCAUGAUAGAAAUGAAAGGCGCCGGGGUGAAAUGCGCCCAGCGCUGCAUGUGGGAUCCGGAAACGGAUGACUAUGUCGGCGAUUUAUUCAGAAAUGAAACUAUAUAUUGUUACACUGUUGCGUACGGCAUAUAUAUGUAUUAAAUGGAUUAAAAAAAAAAGAAAAUUAUAUUAUAUAUCGAGCGAUGAAUAGCUAUUUGGUUUUAGCGAAAUUUUUGCAACUUUACAGGAGAGCCAUUUAUGGAUAUAUUUAUAAUUUGGAAAAAAUAUUGAAAUUAUGAUAUAUUAUAUAUUAUGAUAUAUAUUAUUUGAACUAGAGGUCCCGCAGUAAUCGAAAUUCGACCAUAAUUAAUUGGAAUUGUAAGUUUGUACACUAUUAUGAUUGUAUUUUAUUCUUCUAUAUUCACAAAUUUCGCCAAGGCUACACUAUAAAAAAAAAUUAAUAAAGACAAACAAUAUUUAAUCUAUUCUCAAUUUGACAACAGACGUCAAGAACAAAAGUUUGACAAUAAAUAAAUAGUAUGCACGCGUGUGUGUGUCAAAUACAUGGUAUUUAGUGCGUGUAAUGUUUUCUUUAUUGAUUUAAUGUAUCUUUUAUGCAUUAUUCUAAAAAAAUAUUAGCAUUGUGCACUUCUUCUCUAUAUUCUCUAAAAGUGUGAAAAAUUUCAUACUCCUCCGUCCGCGCAAUUUUCGUAAAAAGGGAUACAAAGUUUUUGCUUCACGUAUUAAUAUAUAGAUAGAUGGAGUAAGCUUAAUUGAAGUUCAAUUUAAAAUAUCGAACUGUUGAUGCUAAUACCAAAGAAAACGGGUCUUUAAUUACAAAGAUAAAUGUCCUUUAAAUCACAUAGCCUUUCACUCCUCGAUAUAUUGAAGAAAUCACGAUAACUGACAAUUUAUCAUAGCUAAUAAACGCAGUUAUGUUUUGCUGUGCUUUUGUCUGAUAUUAAUAAUAUAUAAUGAUAUAUCUGUGUUUUAAUCGGAUAUGGUUUCAAUAAUUGUUUUGUCAAAAGCUUGAUUGUGUUUCUAAAAUAUAAGUAGCCUAAGCUAUUUUUCAUAACAUUGAGUUAUUUGCUAACAAAAGUACCGAUAAAAACGGACCAGCCGGAAUAAACAGACCAGACAAGAAGAGAUACUUAUUUUUAAAAGUACGGUUUAUGUUAUACCCGUUAUAUUGACAAUAAAAACAGACACUUUGAUUUUAUUUAUUUGUACACAUCAUGAAUUAUUCUAGUUCUGGUACAUACGUAGUUUUUAAUAUUUCACAGAUUUUGUAUGUUAUUUAUUAAUGUUUCUCUUUGGUACACAGAAUUAACUCCCUCAGUAUUUUUAGAUACAAUUUGUUUCGGAUGCGUUGCUUAGGUACAACUAACUAGUGAUUUGACUUGGUUAAAAAUUUCAAAAAGAUCCUAGCUAAGCGACGAUUAUGCAAACGAAAUAUUUAAAAAGUGAAAGGUAAAAAUAAACUGUAGGUUAAAAAAGAACACGUUAAUUUAUCGCGAUGAACGAAAUUAUGAAAGCAAAAUGUAAUAUAAAAAGAUAACACAAAAAGAUUGGGAAGUCCUGUAUUUAUAGGAUUUAGUAACCACUCAAUAUUAAGUGGGCUCUGAAUUCUUGACUAUCCCCAUUAAUGGUAGUUAAUAAAAAUACAACUAAACCUCAAAUAAGUUCGAAUAUUUUUUAUUGUGCCGUCACAGUUGCUCAAGGACUUCAACAAUGUCAGGGGCACAGUGAAAUCGGUGUCCAUGCUUAUUCAAGCAAAGGGCAUACGAAAAGAGUACUGUUGUCUAAUUUAAACUACUUUGAUGCUUUGAUUUAGUCCCAAAGACUUUGGCGGGAACGCGAGGAGUGAAGUGUGAUUUGUUUUAUUUUGUCUAUUUAGUGUUUCUUUAGUUUUAAAUGUGUAAAAACGGUGGUUUAUUAACUGUUUAAUAUCUGUGAAAGUGGACCAAGGUGGGAAAAUGGAAUAAAGCCGCUGGACGUAGCUUCUCGGGAUCCUCAAAAAAGUCCACUGAAGAAAUCUCAGUAAAUGUCCACCAUUUUACUGAGAUUAUAUUUCAUCCCAUAUCAUCUCAUUUCAUUUAAUUUCAUCCCAGUUGAUAAUGUCUCAAAUUAAUCAUUUUCAUUUCAUUUCAUAUUAUCAUUUUUCAUACAAAUGAGAAUAUAAAUUAAAAUAAGACUCGACCUAAAGGUCAUAGUUACCAGGUCAUAGAAUCCCUUAAAAUAAUUAGUAUCAAAAAAACAGUAAAGCAUUCAAAAUUAUGGAGGGUAGAACUAAUUCUAUCCUCCAUAUUCGAAACGUCGGAAAUAAUACAAUGACAAUAAAAACGCGGGAGAUUAAAACGUAAAAGUAUCUUUAAUUAUGUCCACGACCCGCCAAAGCCGGAGUAAAUACAUACUGUAUCAUUUUAGUUGAUGGUAAACGGUAAUAUCAAUCGCAAACGUCAUGAUUACUUCGAGAACGAUACACUAACUCAUUAUGGUCCGCGAUAAGAUUUAAUUUACAUACGUUAUGGCAUCUGGCCAGUACUCGAAUAUCAAUUUAAGAAUGAAUCAUAAACAACCAAUAGUAAUUUAAAAAAUAUAUGUUAGAUCAAUAAUAAUAAUUGGCGAAUAGAAACCGGCUUAACCAAAACUAUUAUCGUCACAACUAUUGGUAUUAGAUAUUAUAAUUAUUUUUCGGAUUCUCAUCAAGAUUUCAUGUUAGUUAGCCGUGAAAGUUUAAUCUAAAUAUAUUUAAAGAGUUAAAUUUUCUAUGGAAAUUUUUGAUAACUUUCAUAGAUUAGUGCUGUAGGAUACCUUCUAGAUUCUAGUCUACUUUACUAUUAAAUUCAAUUGGGGUAUGCGUGUCGGACUAUAGUUAUGGUAAGGAAACCCUGUUCGAUACCAGAUUUUUUUUUCCAACCUACCAAUAAUAUCGUACGAACGAAAACUGAUGACAGUGUUAGUAAUUUGAUAGGUAUACUGGCUAAACGCAUACCUUAAUACAUGAGUUCGAAGUUUCAUGUUGUGUUAAUAUUAAUAAUUAUAGCGAAGGCUUCAAAUUAUUUUAUAUAAAUCUGAAGCACACUGCGAUACUGUAAAGAGCAACGCUAUUGGAUACGGCUAAAUGACAUCUUUAUUAUUUAAAUUAAUAUUUUGACUAUUCAUUAAUUUUUGCUCAUUUAUUGGACAUUAUUCGAACACUGCCGCGUCACGGAAAUUGUAUUAAACUUUCAAAAUAUGUUUGUUGAUCUUUUUAGAAUUCAUUAUUAAAAGUUUUGUUCUUUGUA